AUGGAUAGGCUUGCUAAAUUUGGUAUUCAAGUGCAAGUGGAUUGUAUUUUCUGUGGAAAAGCUAAGGAAACAUUUGAUCACCUCUAUUUUGAUUGUCAUAGUACCAAAAAACUGUGGGAAAGGAUAUUGAAAUGGCUGGAGCAUACAAGACUGAUAGGGGACUGGUACCAUAAGCUGAUAUGGAUUAGUAGCAUGGCAAAGAAGAAAGAGUGUAAGGCAGAAAUGAUCACGGCAGCCUUUACAAUGGUUGUGUACUGCAUAUGGCGUGAAAGAAAUUCGAUGAGAUUCAACAAUGGGGGAUAUAAUAUUGACGAAGUCUGUAAGGAAAUUGCAAUGCAUAUACACAUACAAGGAAGGAGAAAAUCAAAUGGAGGCCAGGAUUAG